AUGUUCCAUUAAUCAUAAUCUCUAAAUAAUCUAAGAAGAGAUCAUCGUUUAAAACCAUUAUAAAUAGCAGGACGAUAUCCAGAAAGUGCUGACUUUAACAAUAAAUCAAAGUUCUUCUUACCAUAAAUAAAAAUGAUUGAAUAGAGUAGUGUGUUUACAGAAAAAUAAAAGUAGUUACGAUUACCUUAGUUAUAAAAUCAUUUGGCAGCAAGUGAUUAACUUUAACGUAAGAAGAUUGAGAUAAGAAAGUCAAUUACACCAAAAUAUUAGAGAAGAUAAACUACAAUUUAUGCUAUGAGAACUAAGGCAGGAUGUCAAAUUAAUAAAGCUACAAAAAUCAAUUAAGAUUCUGCCAUUAUUUGUCCUAAAAUUCUUGAGAAGUAUAGAUCUGUGAUAAUAACACAAUAGUAUAGGUUAUAAGUUAUUUGCAGUUUCAGACGGACAUGGUCUAAAUGGUCAUCUUGUGUCUAAUUUUAUUAAAUAAGCUCUUCCUAAACAUUUACAUAAGUAUUUGGGAGAUAAUCAUGAAGAUAUAAAAUAAUAAAUAGCUAGAGCGUUUACAAUUACAAAUAGAGAAAUAUGGAACUCAGAUACAGAUACAAAUCUUUCUGGUUCUACAACUGCAUCAGUUUUAAUAACAAAAGAUAUUGUAUUUAGAUAUUUUAAUAAUAUACUUUUAGAUCUAUACAGCAAAUGUUGGUGAUUCAAGAGCAAUACUUUGUAAAUUUGAUUAAGUUUGGUAAAUUGUACCAUUAACAAGAGAUCAUAAACCAGAUGAUCCUGAAGAAAUAAAAAAUAUUGUAGAUGCUGGAGGUAGAGUUGAAUAAUAGAGAGGUAUAUAUAUAUAUAUAUUAAUUAUUUAAUUUAGAUUAUCAUGGGAAUCCAAUUGGACCAUUUAGAGUUUGGUUAUAAUAUAUUCAAGCUCCAGGUUUAGCAAUGUCUAGAUCAUUUGGUGAUAAGGUGGGAGCUUAAGCAGGUGUAACAGCAAUUCCAGAAAUAAAAGAAUUUGCUUUGACUAAUCAUGAUUAAUUUAUAAUUGUAGCUUCAGAUGGAGUUUGGGAAUAUUUGAGUAAUGAAGAGGUAUAUAGUUUAAUAAUUAGGUGAUGAGUUUAGUGAUUCCAUACUUUGAAAAGGAUAAUCCAGAACAUGCUGCAGAAAAAGUAGUGAGUGAAGCAAUAUAAGCAUGGAGAAGAGUAAGAAUUUAUAUAUAAUUAUAGAAUAGUUUAGCAAGAGAUGA